AUGGUGCUCACAAGUCUCAGCCUGGAUUAUGUGGUUUCAGAUGAAAAGCACUACGGCCCCUUUGUGUGUGGUAUUUGCAAAGGAUUGUGCUCUCUUGAUGUGGUUAUCACCCCCACUGAUAGCUUGUACUGCCGCGAUUGUCUGAAGAAUUAUUUGCAAAAGACAAUCUCGCAGGAUGGCAGAGCCUUAGAUCCAGUAUCCAAAGAGGAUCUUAAGGAAGCAGACGAGAACGACACAAUUAUGGUUGUGGAAAAUAUCCCAAUACGUGCCAAAAGUUUGAAAAUUUCUCAGUCUCUCGCGUACAUCCUGCUGAUGAAUGUACAAGUGAAAGGCACACCAAAGGGAUCGAAACAAGAGUGGAUUGGAGACUACAAGGAUUAUCAUAAGCAACUGAAUGGUAUCCUCGACCCUUCACCUGCUCCAUCCGCGCCCAAACAACAGCCAGCCAGAGGUACUUCCGUGGAGAGACCCAGCGUCUACGAGGACGACAUGUCAAAAACUGGAACCACAGUUCGAGGAGAACCUACCGCAGCACAUCACUUGCGAUCUAUGCCUCAGCAUGCAGACGCUGGUUCUGUCAACCUACCUGACAUUGAACGCGCUAUGUCGCGAUGUGAUAAGCUUAAGAAACAAGCAAAUGCCAAGUUCAACCGUGGCGAUAUCGAAGGGGCUCGUAUGUUGUACAGCGAAGGGCUGGCUCUUAUUUCAGUCCUCCCGGUUUCGAACGAUACCGUUCGCAUGAUGAUGGCAUCCUUGUAUUCCAAUCGCGCGGUAACCUUCUUUCGAGAGAGGAUAUUGCCUCAAAGUCUGGAAGAUUGCAACAAGAGUCUAGAGCUUGACAGAAAUGCUGAGAAAACUUACAUAAGAAAGUGGCGAACUCUUUCUGCAAUGGAAGAAAGAGAUGAGGGCAUUGCUUGUUUGCAUGCUGGUAUUGAGAGGCUUCCUGACUCUCAUAAGCUUCAAGACGAGCUUCGCAAGGCAAUGGCACCAGGGUCCUCAAUGUCCAAAAUGGACCAUAAAAACAAUGAUGAUUUCUCAGUUUCUGAAAUGACAAAGAUGACUACCCCAGUUGGUGGAUACGAUCUGCCAAAUCUCGGCGGAGGAGAGCCAAGUCCAGCUGCAAUUGAAAGAUCGGACAGGUUGAAGAAGCAAGCGAACGCGAAAUUUAACAAGGGCGAAAUCGAAUCAGCGCGUCAACUCUACUCAGAUGCAAUUGGAUGCAUACCUCCUGGUGGCAAAUACAGCCACGAAGUCAAGACAUCGCUUUCAAUGCUGUACUCAAAUCGUGCUGUUACCUUCUUCCGCGACAAGAUGUACUCAGAAUCGCUGUCCGACUGCGAAAAGGCGAUUGACUUUGAUCCUACUGCUGAAAAGGGCUACAUCCGCAAGGCUCGUGCUCUGAUUGGACUUGAACGAAUGCAAGAAGCAUUUGACUCUUUGCAAGACGGUAGCACGAAGCUUCCAAAUUCGAAGAAGAUUGCCGAAGAGUUGCGCAAGAGCGAGUUCGAUGGUAUGACUCCAAGUGCUCCCGAACCAAAGCCGAUGCCUGCGCAGAAGCGUUUUUCGAAUGAUUACGACCGCCCCACUUCACAAGGUGAACUCGAUAGUUCGGCCGGAAGCUUCAACUAUUUCGUCUCACCUGGCACAUCAAAGACAGCAGCACAGAAGAUAAAAAAAGGUGGUGCCGACGAGGACUUCUCGUACGAAUUGGAGCUUUCUGACAAAUUGAAGAGGAACGCUAAUGCAAAGUUCAAUAGAGGCGAUAUAACUGGCGCUCGUUUGCUUUAUACUGAAGCGCUGGGCUGCCUUCCAGAUGACACUGCCAAUGAAAAGGUGCGAUCAACCUUGGCAGCACUGUACGCCAACAGAGCAGUCACAUUCUUUCGAGAAAAGGAAUUUGGACCCAGUACUUGGGAUUGUGACAAGGCGAUUGAACUUGAUCCGAAAUCUGAGAAGUCCUACAUUCGAAAAUCUCGAGCUCUCGCCGCGCUUUCACGGUAUGACGAUGCAAUUGACUGCCUCGAAAAGGGUCUCGAGGUCCUACCUGCAUCGACAAGAUUGAGAGAGGAAUUGUCGAAAUGUGUAGAGAAUGGUGACGGGGCUCACGAAUCCAGGAUGGAGCUGUCAGUCACAAGUGGCAUCGACUAUAUGUCAGUAAGUUCGAUGGGGAACAACACCACUGGAUUUUUGCUCACUCCAAAGGAUGCUAGAUCAGUCUUGGGAAGUGUGGCAGAAGGAUCAACAUUGGAAGUUCCAUUCAGUGGGGACGAAGACGUUGAGCGAGCCGAGAAGCUCAAGAAACAAGCGAAUGCUAAACUUAACAAGGGGGAUGUUGCAGGUGCUCGCCAAUUGUAUGGCCAAGGAUUGGAAUACUUGCCAAAGAACCCUGAUAACCGUGAUACACGCGAGUUGGCCGCGAGUCUGUAUGCCAACAGAGCCGUCACGUUCUUCCGUGAAAAGAAAUUCGCUGCGACCGUCCUAGAUUGCGAUAAGUCGCUGGAAUUGGACGGAAAGCACGAAAAGUCAUACAUUCGAAAGUGGAGAGCUCUCAUGGCACUGGGAAGUUUCCACGAUGCAUUCAAGUGCUUGGAAGACGCUCUCGUUGCGAUUCCUGGUUCGAAACGACUCGAAGAGGAACUCGAAGCAGCAACCGAGCAAAGAGAUCUACUCAAUAACGCGAACGAGCUCAUUGAAAAUGGAGACUACGAAGGGGCCAGAGAAGCUAUGCUUCCUAUUGUCAAUAGUACUGACAACGUUAGUCUAUGGCUGGCAGCGGCUAGAGCUGAUGCCUAUCUGGGUAUCACAGAUUCGGCUAUGGAACGUGUGAACAAAGUACUCAUGUUCAAUCCAAAUCAUUUGGAAGGUUUGCAGGUUCGCGGUUAUGCCCUGUUCCUAUCUGGUGAAAUGGAGCAAGGAAUGUCAAUUCUCAAGGAAUCUCUUGAAGUUGAUAUUGACAAUACUGAAGUUUCUACUUUGCUACAAAAUUGUCAGAAGAUUUACUCCAACUUUAGCAAGGGUCAAGCUCGUGUGAAGCGUGGUCGUUACAGAGAAGCUGUCGAUCUCUUCACCACGGCAUUAGAAAGUUCGGAUACAAUUCCGAUUGACGCGCCAUUGUACAGCCUUAUGUUGACUGAACGCGCUGAGGCAAGUCUAUUAAACCAUGAUUACGAGGAUGCAUUGGAGGACUGCGCAGAAGCAAUCGACUUGAAGCAAGACAAUGUGACCGCAUGGACAGUCAAGGUCGAGGUUUACUUCGCUCAAGGGAGAUUACAAGAUGCAAGGGAUGAACUGGCUGAAGCCCGCAAGAGCUGGGGUGCAGGAAACGACACCAUUGAAGAUGCUUACAAGAAGACCGAUUUCGAGUUGCGUCUUCAGAGAGCCGACGAUGAUCUGAGGAAGAUUGCAGCUGCAGUGGACACGGGUGAGAUCCCAGACAUACCUGAUGGCGAGCCGCUUCAUUUCAAUAUGGAAAACAUUCCGAAAUCUUCAGCAAAGCCCAAGAAAAGGGAAAAGAGCGUGGAGAGAAGGGAAAAGAGCAGCAAGAAAUCUUCGAGUGAUAGAAAGGAGCACAAGCGAAAGAAGCGAUCAAGUUCUUCAGGCCGGCGGACGAAGUCCACUGACAAACAAUAA